AUGUCUGACGAGCCUCCUACCGACUCCACAGACGCUUCAGAUGGCCCCCGGACAGGGCCGAACGGUUCCCUCGUUCUGCCGGCGAGACCGUUCCUAGCCCGUCAUCUGGGGUCUGCUGGAGGCUCUGCAUCACAGAGUUCUGCCGCCUCUCCGCCGGGACUUCCAGCAGGCCGACGGGAGGGAAGAGAGGAGCCGGAGCGAGGCCGCUCACCUGUGCAGUCGUUAGACGAGCAGGCGAUGGACGCGACAAUAGGAGGUGCCUCGAAGUUUACGGGGCUCAGGAGCUUGACAAUCCUGGUGUUCGGCCUCCUUCCCCUGCUCCUGGAGAUCCAGCUUCUUCUUCCGAGUCUGAUCGGCCUUCUGGAUUCGCGAACGUGGGUAUACGUUCACCAGAAACUGAACAGCGAAGAUCUGCGAGAAAGCAUUAUUGUUCCGCUCUCAACCGCUCAAGUUACUUUCGCUGUGCAGCAGGCGAGACGCAGAGCCCAGGAGGGAGGCCAGGAGGCAGAAGAGGCGGGAGAGGAGGAUCAAACGCUCUUUAGCGACGCGCCGAAGAGCAGUUCCGCAGAUGGAGUUGAAGGAGUUCGCCACAACGAAAAGAGUAGCCACUACUCGCGCCCAAGGGAAACUAGAUUCCCUUCUUUGAUAGGCGCUGAACAUCCUCCUCCCGUUUUCCUGUUUGCACACGAUCCCCGUGGAACAUCUCUGUAUGAGCAGUUGAGAAUGUGGCACCUUUUCCGGAAGAAAAACGCAGAGCGCGAGCAAGCGAGCCGUAACGGCGACUCUGCGGGCGACGAACAACGAGCCAAAAGACGCGCGGCGACAGGCUCCCCUCUCCUCCCGCCGGCGCCGCCGCCUGUCGCUUCCCCGGCGUCGCGUAACUCCUACGCCCUCGGUCAGUCCUCGUCUGCAUUUUUCCCGCUGGCAGUAGAACUCUCCAGGUGCGCCGCGUGCCGCGCACAUUUCGUUCCAGGCGUCCUACCCUCGACGUCUGCUUCUUCAGCCUCUUCCUCCUCUUCGUUCGGUCCGACAGCUCCGGGGGCUUCUGCGCCCGCGGCGCUGGGGUUGGGCCGCAGGGAGGCGUUUGAGGUGGCGGUCGUGGGGGAGGCUGUUGCGCCGUUCGAGAGCUCCUCGGAAUCUGUGUUGACCUCCUCGGUGGUGGCGCGGGAGAAUCCACGAACAACGUCGGCAGGGGUCGAGGACACGCUGGAUGAGGCAGCCAAUCCACUUGCGGCGAAGGCGGCGAAGCCAGAGGAGGAAGGCCAACGGGGAACUCGAGACAGCAGACGCCGUUUGCGACUUGGCGUCAUGACUCCUCAGCAGUCGGUGCUCCCGUCUGACGCUCCCGCUGCCUUUCCUGCCGCUGCCACGUCCCCUAGCUCAGACCCUUUGCUUGCGGGUGACUCCUCUUCCUCUCGUCCGUUGCCUCUUGCGCCUUCGCCGCGGCACGGGGCGACGUUGUUCUUCUGGAUCGAUCCAGAGAAGUACGAUGUCUCUCCCCCGCUGCUGCUGGUGUAUGCGUCGCUGGUGGUCAUGAUGAUCCGCUGGUUCUCACUCGCCGUCCGGGCCUUAGGUGAAGCCCUCCUCCUUCAAGAUGACCUAGAUCACACGGGCGCCGUGCUUUCGCCCGCGGGAUUUUCAAAGCCGCUUCGAGUUGUCGGCUGCCUCUCGCUGUGGGCGUUGGCUUUCUGCAUCUUCCCCUACGGUCUGUCGGCGAGGCAGGGCUGCAUGGAGGGCGAUAUGCAAGGCACAGAUAUCCCAGUCCCCAUUUUCUAUGCGUAUUUCCAGUACUCGAUCUGGGCGGCGGCAAUUCUCGUACUCGUCGCUUUGCAACUUUCAAAGGUUUUCAAACGACAGGCCAGCGCUGUGGAGGCAGAGGCGCGCCGACGGCGUCAGGACCCCUACCGAGUGCCGCCUUCGUCCCCCCCGUCGCCUCCUCUGUCUGCCAGCCAGCGCAGAUUGGAUCGGCAGCCCUUUUUGCCGACAUCGCGCCCAUCGGCACUGAUUCAACCUCCCGCGCAUCGCAACGACUCUUCGUCUCGGUCGCCCCCAGAUUCUGCAGCAGCGCGGACUCCUCAUCCUUUGCCGCGUUCCCCCGUUUCGCAUCCGGCUGUCCCCGUCGUCUCUGUGUCUUCAGCAGACGGUGGAGGAAAUUCAUCAGGAAGAGAUGGAUCGCGGGGAGAGGAUGUGGGAGCGGACUUUCUGGCCUCAUCGCUUCCUUCCUCUGUGUCUUCCUCAGUCGAACAGAGCUUCGUGGAAGACGGCGACACUGUAACCCGCACCAUGUCGCCUUUCGCCUCAUUGGCAUCUGAGCGCCUCCUCGCUUCCCCGCCAUCCGCUGCGGCGACGGGCGAUUCCACAGUCUCGGUGCAGAGACCGGAGAGGAGGCGCCGGCCGAGGGCGUUCACCAACGCGACGCUUCUGCUCAUGGGGUACAGACUGCUUGUCCAGCGAUUCUGUCAGCGAACGCACAACCUGUGGAACGGCCUCCGGUGGCGACGCGUGCACGUGGUGGCGUCAAGGUACCACGUCUACUGCGAAAUAUGCUCUUCUGCAGCCUUCCUCCUCUUCGGUCACACGGUAUCCGGCGCCCUCGUUGUCCUUCUCGGCCCCACGCAACCCUGGAUGAAGGCCGUCUGGCUCCAAGUUUUCUGCAUGUUCUUCGAAGCUUUCGCGCGUCACUGCAUUGCUAAAGCGGAGGAAAGAGCGCAAGGCGGCGGACGGCCGGGCCCAGGGGCAGACGUGCGACGAGCAGGAUUGAGACACCCGCUGUUUACUGUGGGCGUCGGAGCGCGGGCGAGCCCCGUCGCCGGAGGGACUCUCUGGGGCUACACACUUGUGGCGGAGCCACAAGACCGCCUUCUCCUCAAGCAACUCAGCUCCACGUACUUCAGCCUCGCCGAGCACAUCGUCAACCAGGUCACUGCUUCUGUCGCCGUAGCGUCGUGCUGUUUCCCUUCGCCGUCGCCUUCGUCAGCUGAGGACGAGCGCGCCACGGAACUUCGGACGUUUUUGCACUCCAGAGGCGGGGCACUGCCGCCAGCCUCUGCAGCAUCUACAUCAUCCACGGUCGCACCAGCUCCUCCGCGUUCGUCUUCUUCCACGGUUCACGCUGGACACGUUCGUUCUUCGUCCUCUUCAAGUUCCCCUUCGGGCUGCAGGAGCGCUGCCGAGGGCGACCCGCCGCGUGCCCGGUCUACCUCCACAUCAGGUGGCGCACGUUCGGCGAACGCCCUGACGACCGCUGGCCUAGAUGGAGCGGCGACCGCCUUUCUGCGUGGAGACCAGGCGCGAGAGCAACUGAACCCCGGCGGAGACCGCGGACGCGAACCACGUUCCUGCGAUGAGCGGCAGCACCCGUCCAGCUUGCGAGGCGGAGGUGCACGGGAGAGGUCUGAACGCAUGCCGGAGCAGCGAGAUGGAGGAGAAGAGGAGGCAGCCACGGCGACAUUGGGGGAUCAGGAUGGAGGAAUGAGGCGAACAGAUAGGGAGAGGAGUCGGACUUCCUCCGAGAGCGAGAGGAGCCGAGAAGGAACUGCGCGUGAGGACGUGCCUGAGGAAAGGAGGCAGGGCAGAGAGGGCGCUAUCAACAAUGGACAGGACACCGAAAGUGUGACAGCAACGAGCGAUGAAAGACGAGACCGAGAACGCUGUGGAAGCGGCCCGGGGCAGCCAGGGAGCGGAGAGGAGAGCAGCCAAGACGGCGCCAUAGAUGCCACUAGCCAUGCACAGCCGCGGAAUGAACUUUCACAGGAUACGCGCAGCACGUCUGUAUGCGCACCCGGAGAAAUGACAACGUUGCGUCUCCCCCCUUCUCUCUCGCUCCAGCCUCCCGACGCGUCAAGUGCUUCCCGCUGCUGUUCGUUUACGGAUGACUAUUCACCGUCUUCCCCACAGCGCACAUACGAGUCGUGUUCGCCUUCGCACUCGGUCGCGUCGCCUCCCUCAUCCAAAGCGAGCUCUGCUUUCCCUGAGCCCUUGUCUUUCCAGAACACUGCACCCUCGCGAGUGCCUUGUGCUGGCUGUCCUGGAGCGUCCUGCUCUCCGUCUUCAUCCGUCUCGCCCCUCUCGGGUCCUUCUUGUGCCCCCUCUUCCGCGUCGCCUCCGCCGUUUGAGUUUUCGCCCUGCGAAAUCUGCGUCGAGUUCGCCGCCAACGCCAUUCUGUUGCCCUGCGGUCACGGGGGCUGCUGCGAAGCCUGCGCCCGGUUAGUUGUGGAGAAGGAACACCAGCGCGCGCGAUCCCGCAGCGUUGCCUGGCUGCGAGAAUGGCUCAGCAAUCCGUCCUCCGCGCCGUACGUGGUUCCGUUCCCUUCUGUUCUUGCGCCUCUGUCUCCUCUUCCAGAGGCAGUCAGCACUGCGCAGGCCUCUCAGGAUGCUCUCUCGGCUUCGGACGACGAGCCCAGAGACGCACGAGAGGGCAGCCGGAGAGCCGCAGCAGACGCGGCGAGCGCCCAGGCGCUCAUGCAGCUCCCUAAAUGCCCUUUCUGCAGACAAGGCGUCGAGCGGAUUGUGAAGAUUGACGGCGUGUGCCGCGGACAAGACGGAUGUGUCGCAGCGCACACAGUGGCUCUCGUCGUCGUCAGAUCGAACGAGAGAAGACAGGGGUGGAUGAGGUUGCUGGGCUGA